AUGGACCAGGGCAACAAUAUGGCCACUGGGCGUGACGCGUGGCGCAGCACGCGUCAGAUGCUGCACGACCUGGAGCAGCAGGUGCUGGAGCGCAACAUGGACUGCCAGGGCCUGCUGCAGGAGAUCAACGCCCGCAAGGCGGACCUGGCCGCCGCUGUGCAAGAGCGCGAUCAGAUGAAAGAGCAGACCCUGCAGCUCCUGAUGUCAAGGGAUACGGCACACAACACGCAGAAGCAACUGGACCAGCAGCUGGAGGAGGCGGCUCAGGAGGCGCAGCAGCUGGCACAGCAGCUCAGCCUGGUGCAGGCCAAGGAGGAAGAGAGCCGGGCGCGCGCGCAGGAGGCAAGGGACUUUGUGGCUCAGCACCUGAAAGAGCACACGGCCUUCAUGACCGGCGGCCACGAAGCCGCGGUCGCAGACCUGGAAAGGCUCUCGCGUCAGGUCGCGGCGCGGCAAGCGGGCAGGGCCGCCGCCAGCGACGGCGCGGCUGGCCAGGCCGCCGGCAGGGCGGAGAACGGCGGCUGCACGCUGGCGGGCGGAGGGUUUUCGGUGGGGCCCAGCAUCCUGCCGAAGGACUGGCUGGACGAGGCUGCUGAGGGCAUUGCCAAGGAUGAAAGGGCGGCGUUCGAGGAGGGGGCGGCUGGCAGCGUGUAG